GUUCCCAGAGGUCCGUCUGUCCAGCAGCAUCAGACACACCUGGACUCCAUAUUUAUGCUGCUGGAGGAGAACAUUGUGACUUUUGUGAAGAACGAGCUGAAGAAGUUCCAGAAGGUUCUGAGUUCAGAUUACCCAGAAUGCUACCCAGAGAGUCAGAGGGAGGAUGAGGAGGUGUUGGAUGGUGAGGAUGAAGAGCUGAGGAGGAGCAGCAGAGAGGCAUUUCUGAAGAUCACACUUCACUUCCUGAGGAGAAUGAAGCAGGAGGAGCUGGCUGACCGUCUGCAGAGCAAAAGUCAUUCUGCAGUUUGUCAGCGUAAACUUAAAUCCAACCUUCAGAAGAAGUUCCAGUGUGUGUUUGAGGGGAUCGCUAAAGCAGGAAACCCAACCCUUCUGAAUCAGAUCUACACAGAGCUCUACAUCACAGAGGGAGGGACUGCAGAGGUCAAUGAUGAACAUGAGGUCAGACAGAUUGAAACAGCAUCCAGGAAACCAGACAGACCAGAAACAACAGUCAGACAAGAAGACAUCUUUAAAGUCUCACCUGGAAGAGACGAACCAAUCAGAACAGUGAUGACAAAGGGAGUGGCUGGCAUCGGGAAAACAGUCUUAACACAGAAGUUCACUCUGGACUGGGCUGAAGACAAAGACAACCAGGACAUACAGUUCACAUUUCCAUUCACUUUCAGAGAGCUGAAUGUGCUGAAAGAGAAAAAGUUCAGCUUGGUGGAACUUGUUCAUCACUUCUUCACUGAAACCAAAGAAAUCUGCAGCUUUGAAGAGUUCCAGGUUGUUUUCAUCUUUGACGGUCUGGAUGAGUGUCGACUUCCUCUGGACUUCCACAACACUGAGAUCCUGACUGAUGUUAGAGAGUCCACCUCAGUGGAUGUGCUGCUGACAAACCUCAUCAGGGGGAAACUGCUUCCCUCUGCUCGCCUCUGGAUAACCACACGACCUGCAGCAGCCAAUCAGAUCCCUCCUGGGUGUGUUGACAUGGUGACAGAGGUCAGAGGGUUCACUGACCCACAGAAGGAGGAGUACUUCAGGAAGAGAUUCAGAGAUGAGGAGCAGGCCAGCAGAAUCAUCUCCCACAUCAAGACAUCGCGAAGCCUUCACAUCAUGUGCCACAUCCCAGUCUUCUGCUGGAUCACUGCUACAGUUCUGGAGGAUGUGUUGAAGACCAGAGAGGGAGGAGAGCUGCCCAAGACCCUGACUGAGAUGUACAUUCACUUCCUGGUGGUUCAGGCCAAAGUGAAGAAGGUCAAGUAUGAUGGAGGAGCUGAGACAGAUCCACACUGGACUCCAGAGAGCAGGAAGAUGAUUGAGUCUCUGGGAAAACUGGCUUUUGAUCAGCUGCAGAAAGGAAACCUGAUCUUCUAUGAAUCAGACCUGACAGAGUGUGGCAUCGAUAUCACAGCAGCCACAGUGUACUCAGGAGUGUUCACACAGAUCUUUAAAGAGGAGAGUGGACUGUACCAGGACAAGGUGUUCUGCUUCAUCCAUCUGAGUGUUCAGGAGUUUCUGGCUGCUCUUCAUGUCCAUCUGACAUUCAUCAACUCUGGAGUCAAUCUGCUGGUAGAGGAAAAAACAGCAGACCGUCAAUCUGCAGAGAAACGUCUCUACCAGAGUGCUGUGGACGAGGCCUUACAGAGUCCAAAUGGACACCUGGACUUGUUCCUCCGCUUCCUCCUGGGUCUUUCACUGCAGACCAAUCAGAAUCUCCUGCGAGGUCUGCAGACAUGGACAGGAAGUAUCUCACAGACCAAUCAGGAAACAGUCGGUUACAUCAAGACUAAGUUUGAGGAGAAUCUGUCUCCAGAGAGAAGCAUCAAUCUGUUCCACUGUCUGAAUGAACUGAACGAUUGUUCUCUAGUGGAGGAGAUCCAACAGUACCUGAGAUCAGGACGUCUCUCCACAGAUGAAUUGUCACCUGCUCAGUGGUCAGCUCUGAUCUUCAUCUUACUGUCAUCAGAAAAAGAUCUGCAUGUGUUUGACCUGAAGAAAUACUCUGCUUCAGAGGAGGCUCUUCUGAGGCUGCUGCCAGUGGUCAAAGCCUCCAACAAAGUUCUGUAA